AUGACGACAAUGCAAGACAUUGAGAUGGCAGAGCCUCAAGAGAUUCACCCACUUCAAACACAGUUUGAGGAAGCUGAGGAUAUUGUAGCAGCACUUUCGCAUAGUGCUUCACCCGAUGUAGCUAUUCAAGCCUUUCAGAGCAUCAUCUCUUACGCUGCGGAAGAUGCAAAUCUGGAACAAGUGCACCGUUUGAAAGAACACUCAAUUUAUAAGUUGGCGCAGUUGUAUAUCCAGUAUGGACGUGAGAAGGAGCUUGCGUCAUUGCUACAGGCGCUGCGGCCCUUCUUCGCCACAUUACCUCGCGCCAAGACUGGCAAGAUCGUACGCACCGUAAUCGACAUGGUGGCUAAAGUCAAGGUGCUGGAUGUCGAGAAGGCUCUUCAGCUACAGGCCGACUUAUGUCUCGACUCGAUCGAGUGGUGCAAGCAAGAGAAACAUACAUUUUUACGCCAGCGCAUUGAAGCACGUCUCGCUUCUAUUUACUUUCAACUGCACAAAUUUCAACCCGCUUUAAAUCUUAUCACGGAGCUUUUGCACGAGAUCAAGAAGCUGGAUGACAAGCAGCUAUUGGUGGACAUUCACCUUGUCGAGAGCAAAUUGCACCAUGUGCUGCGCAAUGUACCCAAAGCAAAAGCUGCGCUCACAGCAGCACGCAGUAUAUCGAAUACCAUUUACGUGGUGCCGCGAACGCAGGCGCAAAUUGACCAAAUGUCCGGCAUCUUACACGCUGAAGAGCGUGAUUAUAAGACGGCAUAUUCGUACUUUUUUGAGGCAUUUGAGGCUCUCGCGACUCUUGAUGAAGAAGAGGGAUUGAAGUGUCUCAAAUACAUGCUGCUCGCUAAAAUUGCUAGCGAUGGCGCUAGUGAAGUGAAUCUUAUUAUUAAUAGCAAACAAGCGAUGAAGUUUAUUGGCAUUGAGCUAGAAGCAAUGCAAGCGGUCGCCAAGGCGCACGAGCAGCGAUCUUUGGAGCAAUUUGAAGCAGCAACAACGAAAUACGCCCCCCAGCUCGUGGAGGACCCACUGAUCAAGAAUCAUCUCGGAAAGCUAUACGAACAGCUUUUGGAAAGUAAUUUGAUUAAGAUUAUUCAACCCUUUUCAUGUGUCGAAAUCGCACACGUCGCCAAGCUAAUCAAGCUUCCGCUAUCUCAAAUCGAGCUCAAGUUGUCGCAAAUGAUUUUAGAUCACAAAUUUCACGGCAUUUUGGACCAGGGCAAGGGACAGCUUAUCGUUUAUGACAAUCCCUCUGAAGACAAAACGUACGCAUCAGGUCUUGGAGUCAUUGACAACGUUGGCAACAUCGUUGACAAUCUGUUUCGGCGUGCUGACAAGCUGCAAGCAUGA